UUUUGGGUGCAGUAACAGGGGUUAGUUACAGGCGACGGUUCCCUAAAAUGUCAAUUCCUUUUGGUGCAAGUUGUCCUCUAUCCUCUAAUAGCUACGACUUCACUUUCAACCUUUCACCCUCCUUGAAAUCGUCAAUCCGAACUACCACGACUUCUUAUGGUCUAAUUCGAACCCGAAUUCGAACCCUAUCCGACCAGUCCUCAUAGACAAUCUCUCACAGCCUCCCGAAUUGAAGCAGAUGCCGUGCUAGCGCCGCCCCAGCUAGACAGUCUCGAGGAGCCUGCAGCAGUGCGCUGGAGAAGUUCUGAAUCGCGUGCUCGAGCGCUGGAUAGAGAGGAUACUUUUUCACCAUGAACGGCUAUAACGAGAAAAGUCACCACUACGAUGACGAGCCCGAACCUGGUAGCUUCGUCAAGGCUUUUGACGCCUUCCCGAAAGCCAAACCCCAAUAUGUAACGCGCACGUCGGGCGGCGGCAAGUGGACCGUUGUUAUGUACAUCGUGUCGUGCAUACUGCUAUGGUCGGAAGUAGCGCGGUGGUGGCGCGGCGAGGAGACGCACACGUUUGCGGUCGAGAAGGGCAUCGGCCACAGCAUGCAGAUCAACCUCGACAUCGUGCUCAAGAUGAAGUGCAAGGACCUGCACGUCAACGUCCAGGACGCUUCGGGCGAUCUCAUCCGCGCCGCCUCCCGCCUGCAGGAAGACGUGACGAACUGGGGCCAGUGGGUCGACGCCAAGGGCGUUCAUCGAUUGGGUCGCGAUAGCCACGGCCGCGCUGUUACGGGUGCUGGUUGGCAUGAGGAGGGGUUUGGCGAGGAGCACGUCCAUGACAUCGUUGCUAUGGGACGCAAGAAGGCUCGUUGGGCCAAGACUCCUAGGCUAUGGGGCGCUGAGGCUGAUAGCUGUCGUAUCUAUGGAAGUCUGGAUUUGAAUAAGGUCCAGGGCGAUUUCCAUAUUACUGCGAGGGGCCACGGUUACUCUGACCCGGCGGUGCCUUCGCAUUUGGACCAUGGUGCCUUCAACUUCUCCCACGUCAUCUCAGAGCUCUCCUUCGGGCCAUACUACCCGUCCCUAGUCAACCCCCUCGACCGGACUAUCAACAUCGCCGAGAUGCACUUCUUCAAGUUCCAGUACUUCAUGUCGGUAGUGCCCACCAUCUACAGCGUGCAGCGGGGGUCCGGGUCGGCGCCGGCCGAGCGCACCAUCUUCACGAACCAGUACGCCGUCACGGAGCAGAGCAAGGAGAUCAAUGAGCGCAUGGUGCCCGGCCUCUUCUUCAAGUACGACAUCGAGCCCAUCCUGCUGCACGUCGAGGAGCGCCGCGACGGCCUUAUCACCUUCGCUAUCAAGAUCGUUAAUAUCCUGUCUGGCGUCUUGGUCGCGUGUAACUGGGGCUUCACGCUGAGCGACUGGGUGCGCGAGAUUAUUGGCCGUAGGAAGAGGCAGGUUAGCGAGGGUGUCAUUGGUGCAAAGGGUGGGUAUGACGAGUAGAAGUACAUAAAGGGGCAAAGGAACGAAAAAAGACGAUUUGGUUUUGGCAUCUUGUUUUGGCUAGGCAUAUUCUUGUUCUAGAGCCAUGGAGUUCGGGGCGGUAUGGCGAGGUCGGUAUAUAUAUAGUAUCAGUGUCAUUAUCAACAUGAACGAUUUGAAGUCAA